GCGGAAAUGCAGACUUUGCUGUCGCUGCCAAACUUGACGGCUAACCCAAUCAGUCACCGUGUUCGUUCAGUAGGAGGAGGAAUGCUUAGAAAACGUUUGCUUCUAUUUUUAGAUAGUAACUGUAGAUUUAAAAGAGCUUUUCGGAAGCUCACGUAGCUAGUUAAUUUGGCUAAUUGUGACAUCUGACCUCUCACUCACUCUCCGGCGCAAAUGCCUCGCUUCGUGAAGUCAAAUGACAGAGGAAGCACACGAAGUAAACCAAAGUUGAACUGGAGCUUCGUGCAGAGGUUCUGGAGCAUCCUGAAGGUUCUGUUUCCGUCAUGGAGCAGCCCAAGUGUCCUCAUGUUUGCCACACUACUCGCAGUGACUUUGGCAGAGCAGCUGAUCAUUUACCAAGUGGGCAUCCUUCCCAGCCGCUUCUACAACGUGCUGGCCGACAAGGACAACAAGAGCUUCAAGAGCCUGCUGCUCACCGCCAUGCUGUUCAUUGUGCUCAACUCCACCUUGAAAAGUCUGGAGCAGUACAUCGGCAACCUGAUGUACGUGAGCUGGAGGAAGAUGCUGACGGAGAGCCUGCACGCCGCCUACUUCCGGGGACGCGUCUACUACACGCUCAACGUGCUCCGGGAGGACGUGGACAACCCUGACCAGCGGCUCAGUCAGGACGCCGAGAGGCUGUGCAAGCAGAUGAGCACCAUGGCCGCUCGGCUCGUCGCCUCGCCCUUCACCUUGGCUUACUACGCCUACCGCUGCUUCGAGAGCACGGGCUGGCUGGGCCCGCUCAGCAUCUUCGCCUACUUUGUGGUGGGCUCGGUGACCAACAAAAUCCUGAUGGGGCCCAUUGUGUCCACACUGUUCGAGCAGGAGAAACUGGAGGGCGAUUUCAGAUUCAAGCACAUGCAGAUCCGAGUCAAUGCUGAGUCGGCGGCUUUUUACAGGGCUGGUAAAGUGGAGCACAUGAGGACCAACAGACGCCUGCAGACUUUGCUGCAAACUCAGCAAAGCCUCAUCAACAAAGAGCUGUGGCUUUACAUUGGGGUGAACAGCUUCGACUACCUGGGCAGCUUCCUCAGCUACAUCAUCAUCGCCAUUCCCAUUUUCGGCGGGCUGUACGAUGGCCUGACGCCCGGCGAGCUCAGCGCGCUCAUCAGCAGGAACGCCUUCGUGUGCAUCUACCUGAUCAACGGCUUCACACAGCUGAUCGACCUGUCGAGCACGCUGUCCGACGUGGCCGGCUACACCCACAGGAUCGGCGAGCUGACGGAGGUGAUGGACGACGUUCUGCGCCAGCAGUGCGACUACGACCCGGCUUCGGGGGAAAGCUACGACUUUGACAGUGACUUCAAUGUGCACGGGGGGCCCGUGGACACGGCCUUCAUUGUGGACCAUCUGUCUUACACGUCUCCCUACUCGGAGCAGCUGCUGGUGGAGGACCUGAGCCUGAGCGUCAGCGAGGGGACGCACCUGCUGGUGGUGGGCAACACCGGCACGGGCAAGACCUCGCUCCUGAGGGUCCUCAACAGACUGUGGGAGGCCAAGAGCGGUUUUGUCCAAAUGACCACAUGCUUCGGGCCCAGAGGAACCCUGUUCCUGCCGCAAAGGCCUUACCUGACUGACGGCACGCUGCGUGAACAGGUCAUCUACCCACUCAAGGACAUUUACCCGCAAUCAGGGUCUGUAGAUGAUGACAGAAUAAUGAAGUUUCUCAAGAUGGCGGGGGUGUCCAGUCUGGUGAAGCGGACCGGCGGCCUGGAUGAAGUGGUGGACUGGAACUGGUACGACGUUCUGUCCCCGGGCGAGAUGCAGCGCCUUUGUUUUGCACGACUCUUCUACCUGCAGCCCAAAUACGCAGUGUUGGACGAGGCCACCAGCGCCUUGACGGAGGAGGCGGAGUCUCAGCUCUAUCGCACCUGCAAGCAGCUGGGUAUGACGCUGGUCAGCGUGGGACACCGCACAAGCUUGGAGAAGCACCACGACGUCCGGCUGAAACUGUGCGGAGGCGGCCACUGGGAGUUGAGCCAAAUAAAAGGCAGGAGUCUCAGAGAGGACGUCAUGUGACCCAAGCGCUUCCCGUCUUCCGCUGUGGACACGUUAAGAAGCGAUACUCCAUUCGGGGGGUUGUUCACGUCGCUUAGUUCGAGGACUCGGCCACAAAGGACGCUGAGACUCGAGUUGCUUUUUUAUGGUGGCCAUCUACUGAUUCCAUGAACAAUUAAAACAAGUUACUAAA